AUGCAAGCCCAGUAUAACACCGAGCCUAUGCCUUCUGUCGACCCCUACGCGGACGACUACACCGCUGCCGCUCCUCCCUCGAUUCCUCCUGCCGACUCGGCUCCCAAUCCAUCCAAUGUGCUUGGUGUUUUCGGUCUAAGCAUUCGCACCCAAGAGCGCGACCUUGAUUCUGAAUUCAGCCGGUUCGGACGGGUCGAGAAGGUUACGAUUGUCUACGACCAACGCGCAAGUCUCUUUCUUUUGAAGUUGCUGUCUUUGUUGAAUAUGCUAUUCAAGUCUGACCGUUCGCGCGGAUUUGGUUUUAUCAAGAUGAGCACUGUUGAGGAGGCUACUCGUUGCAUCCAGGAACUGAAUGGCAUCGACCUCAAUGGGCGUCGGAUCCGUGUCGACUAUUCUGUGACUGACCGCCCACACGCUGCCACCCCCGGCGAAUACAUGGGCCACCGCCGGUCGUCUGGUCGGGACUCAGGCCGGGACUCAGGCCGGGACUCAGGGCGAGACUCGUACAGAGACUCCCGAGACUCAUACAGAGAUCGUGACCGCGACUAUGGACGGGACUCUCGCCGUGACAGAGACCGUGACCGGGACCCUUACGGCCGCGACAGCCGCGACUGGAGAGAACGUCGUAGCCCCGCUCCCUCGAGAGGCGGCCGAUACUCUCCCGAGCGUCGUCGCCGGAGCUACUCACACAGCCCUCCUCGAGGAAGCAGCCCUCGUCGCGAGUAUGAUACUCUCCCUCCGGCUUCCUCUGUUGCAGCUCCUCCUGCUGAAGCUCCCCGCUGGUGA